AUGCGUUUGAAUUAUAGACUUUCGAAGAACAAAGUAUCCACACCAAGCCGUUCGUUUUUCGCUUAUCAGCACAUGUGCUCUAAUGAUGCCCCGACCCCUACACUCUCCCCCCUGUUUAUCUUCCAUUUUCUCAUUUUUCAGGUUCCCAUUGUGGCCUUGGCCACUUUUGGCGCCUUCUCCGCCGUACUCACUGUCCUCUGCGAUAUUCACAUCUUGGCCGACUUCCUAAGCAUCGGCACCCUUAUCGCCUACACCAUUGUCGCGGUGAAUGUGUGUAUUUUGCGGUACUGCCAACCCCAGCUCUACUCUUCUGGUUGGGGUGAAUUGUCUGCUACAGAAACGUCAGAAGCGGAGAACGCGACUACGGGAGAGCAAGUUUUUGAGACCAGUGAGACGGUGUUGCACGAAUGGCCGCAUGCGAUUGGUCGACUGAAAUCCGCCUUUCGUCAUCUUCCAGUGCUGCGUGACUCUGAACCUGGUCGAGCUCCGAUUAUAGCCCUUUUGGCAUACAUCGUUUGUGCAGCUGGAUUGGCUGCAUUGCUACUACCUGGACUGCGAUUUCUACAGGAGGGUGCUUGGUGGGCCAUCAUCCUGGUCCUCGUCCUUCUAAUCGGUGCUGUAUUCUUCAUAGGAAUUAUGUUCCUACAUGAGCAAAACAAGGCUUUCGACAGUUUCAAGGUUCCGUUCGUUCCCUUCAUACCGUGUUUGUGUGUGUUUCUCAAUUUCUGCCUGAUCGUCAAACUAUCUCCCAUGACUUGGAUACGAUUCACCGUCUGGUUGCUGAUUGCCCUAUCUCUAUUGCUUGCUUCUCAUAGCGUGGCCUAUCGUGCCCCGGAUAUACGUUGA